UCAUCACCAUCUCCAUCUGCAUCGUAACACUAUCGAACAAUGAAGGUGAUACUAGAACACGCAGAGACCAUCAAGCCAUCUUCUCCGACACCUCCCGAUCUCCGCCGCCACAGCCUCUCCUUCCUCGACCAGAUCGCGCCCCCAAUUUUCAUGCCCCUCCUCCUCUUUUUCUCCAAAGACGAUCCCCUCACCAACGAGGAAAAACUCUCCAAGAUCAAGCGAUCUCUCUCUGAAACCCUAACCGGGUUCUACCCACUCGCUGGGCGCUUAAGAGACAACCUCUACGUCGAAUGCAACGACGAUGGCGUCCACUUCGUGGUGGCUCAAGCCACAUGCCGGCUCUCGGAGGUCCUCGAAAGUCCUGACCCCGAGAAGCUUGACCGGCUCUUGCCCUUCAAGCUCUACGACUUGGGCGAUCUCGCCACGGCCGUCCAAGUUAGCUUCUUUGAGUGCGGAGGGUUGUGCCUAGCACUAUGCGUCUCCCACAAGCUCGCUGACGCGCUGUCGUUCUUCUCUUUCCUCAAUAGUUGGGCCACGGUCGCUCGUGGCGACGGCGGCCAGAUAAUAUCUCCCGUUUUCGAGUCAUCCUCUCUUUUCCCGCCAAUGAAUCUAGCGGGAUUUGCACCAAGUACGGGGAUUUUGAAGGAAGGCCUCGUUACGAAGCGGUUCGUCUUCGACGCCGUGUCGAUAGCCGCCCUUCGAGAUAAGUAUUGCAACAAUGAGAAGGUCGAGGCAGAAGGCCAGAUAAGGCGGCCGACGAGAGUCGAGGCCUUGUCGGCCUUCUUGUGGAGGCGGUACAUGGAGAGCACGCAAAAGAAACCAGACUGCACCAGCGAGAAUGACAAGAUAUACACGGUGCUACAUGCAGUGAACUUGCGUCCGAGGAUGGAUCCGCCAUUGUCAGACCGCCAUUUCGGGAACAUAAGUAGGAUUGCCCUGGCGAUGCCAACCAUUGAUACUGAUGAACAUAUGAUCGUGAACCAGGUGAGAGAAGCAAUAAAGGAAGUGAACACGGACUACGUGAAGAAGCUAAGAGAAGGCGAAGGGCACUUGAACUUCAUGAAGGAACGCUCGGCCCGGAUUUCAAAAGGCGAGAUCGUGCCCUUCAGCUUCACGAGUCUGUGCCGGUUCCCGACCUACGAGGCCGACUUCGGAUGGGGCAAGCCCGCGUGGGUCGGGUCCUCCGCGCUUCCUUACUGGAACCUCGUCUCCUUCCUCGACACCAGAGAUGGAGGCGGCAUAGAAGCAUAUGCUAAUCUCAAGCCAGAGGACAUGGCCCUGUUCGAGAAGGACAAGGAGCUUCUUUCACUGGCAUCGUCGUCGGCACCCCCGAACGUGAAAUAUGCGUAGCUUACGAUGUUCAUCUCAUGCAACUGUUUAUGUCAUUAUUGCUAUGUUUACCUAUGUUUGGUUCCUUUGUGCUGUAUACAUUUCGAGUGCGUCUACUGUAACAGCUCAAGCCUCAACGAGUGAUGAAUAAGUAUGAGAUUAAUUUAGAGU